UAUGUAAUCUUCCUUUGAUUUUCACCGAUGACGACCCCGGUCGCUCGACGGGUAAAUCCAAUCAAGCACAUAAUUAUCGUAUGUUCGGGCAAGGGAGGCGUCGGGAAAUCAUCUGUUUCCACACAGCUCGCUCUCAGCCUUCAUGCGUCGUCGCCGACCGCACACAUAGGUCUUCUCGAUGUCGAUUUGACAGGUCCUUCGCUACCACGCAUGCUCGGUCUUGAUGGUCACGGCAUCCAUCAGAGUAGCGACGGCUGGGUUCCGGUGUAUGCAGAUGCCCAUGGCCAGGGCGUUCCGAGACUGGCAUGUAUGAGCAUUGGAUUUCUGUUGAAGAACAGAGGUGAUUCCGUCGUAUGGAGGGGCCCGAAGAAGAAUGCCAUGAUCAGGCAGUUUUUGAGUGACGUGAGAUGGGGGGAACUAGAUUAUCUCAUAAUAGACACGCCUCCCGGUACUUCUGACGAACAUCUAUCGUUACUAGAACACCUGGCACCGGUACACUCGCGAUUAUCAGCGGUUAUCGUGACUACUCCCCAGGCGGUCGCUCUACUGGAUGCGAUGAAGUGUCUCUCGUUUACCCGUGCAGUCAAUCUACCAGUUUUGGGAAUAAUCGAGAAUAUGAGUGGGUACGUCUGCCCAUGCUGUGGAGAAGUCAGCAACGUGUUCUCUACCGGAGGGGGAGAAGAGAUGGCAAAGCGGGAAGGUUUGCCGUUCCUGGGUAGAAUGCCGCUUGACCCCGAGUUAGUCACUCUUCUGGACGCUGCAGAGCCGCCUAACGAAGCCGGCGGAGGACGGGAGCGAAGCAGCGAUAAGGCUUUUGAGGUGGUUGAGAAGUAUCGGAAGACAACGUCAGCCAAACUCUUCGCUGCCAUUGCGCACAAGGUGAUGGAUACGAUCGGUCCGGUGCAGGUGGCACAGGAGACUAUGAUUGGCGAUACAGCAAGUGCACAAGGCACAUCAUGACUUCCUGUCAUGGAACACACGCUGAUGUAGCCCUCCAGUUACAUACAUAAUACUGCUACAAGUAUUUUGAGAUGUAUGGAUUAUAUAAUCACAUUGGCCCACCCGAAAUAGGCAACCCGAAUAUGCGGAGUGGAGUG